GUUCCGACAUCAAAGGACGUGCCUCGUUGUCCGCCUUAUUCUGCCUUUGAUUGGUUUACCUUAACCCUAACCAAUCCAAACUCCCCAUGCCUAAACACGACCAGAGUGAUAGAGAAAGACAUCUCCCAUUCUGGCAGAUCCGAUUUAGGAUCUACCUGCUCAAGCAAGGAUAGGAAAUAUAGUUGUGGAACAAGCUAACUGAUGCUGGACUGAACACAUUUGUCAUCUUCAUGUGUUGCGUUUGUGUGUCAGUAAGAGUCGUUUUCCUUGGAGCUGUUGCUGUAAAUCAAAAAGAGGAAUUUAAUCUGUCCCAGUGAGAAGACAUGAGCUCGGUCAGAGAGGAAGGUAACCAUGCUGUGCUAGCCGGCUAACGUUAACUUAUCUGGAUAAGCCUGACGUUAAUUUGAGUCUGAAUGAAAAAUGAACGUAGGUGUCGUAACGUUACCCACUUGUUAAAAGUGUCACGUCAAUAACAAGCCGCUCAGGACUUUUAAAAGCUGUACCUGUUGCACCAUUCAUGAGUGAACAGGACUGUUCGCUUUCUCACAAUGACUCACCCUGCGAUGUUUUUCAUAGAAAGUCACCUUGAGUCCGGUCAUUAAAUGAUUCUCCUCGUUUUUUGUCAUUAUUAUAAGUCAAGGUUUUCCUCACGAGAACAUGUUGACUGUCGUAGCGUCGGUAUAUCUCUUCCAGACCUCACAAGACUCUGCAUCUGCAGAAACGUCAGGUGCAAACUCAGCAUCUGCCACUAAGCAAGACUCUGAUUCUACACAACCCUACACAGAGGGCUCAGUGGAAAGCUAACCUUGACGUUAACCUUCUGAGGUAUUUGUCCUUAGGAACCUUCUUCGGAGGACGGUUUGCAGUGAGGGCGAGCGGUGCCUUCGAUCUCCAGCGUGAUCUCUGUCUCCAGGUGUCUGCUCAAGUGUGUGACAGGAAAUCCUCACAAACAGCAUGUCAUCUUUAAAAGACAUAUGCAGUGGAUUACCCCUGGACCCUUUGCCCCCUAAACGGGGAAGAGACCCCAAUUUGCCACAUGCACCUAUCCGGACCCCCAACCUUACAGCAGAGGAAGAGCGGUUGGCACUGAGAAAUGCUUUACGUUAUAUCCCUCCCUCCCACCACGCAACACUUGCACCUGAAUUUGCUCAAGAGCUGCAGCAGUACGGGCACAUCUACAUGUACCGCUUCUGCCCCACAUUACGCAUGAGAGCUUACCCCAUAGAUCAGUACCCAUGCUGCACACGUCAAGCUGCCUCCAUAAUGCUAAUGAUCAUGAACAACCUGGACCCAGCAGUUGCUCAGUUCCCCCAGGAGCUCGUCACCUACGGAGGGAAUGGACAGGUGUUUAGUAACUGGGCCCAGUUUCGCCUGGUCAUGCAUUACCUAAGCGAGAUGACAGAGGAACAAACUCUGGUCAUGUACAGCGGUCAUCCCAUGGGCCUGUUCCCCAGCCUGCCUUCAUCACCUCGCGCCAUCAUCACCAACGGCAUGGUUAUUCCAAAUUACUCCUCCAGAAAUCAGUAUGAAAAGAUGUUUGCCCUUGGUGUGUCAAUGUACGGUCAAAUGACAGCAGGCAGCUACUGCUACAUUGGACCUCAAGGGAUUGUUCAUGGCACUUUGCUGACUGUGCUGAAUGCUGGCCGGAGGUACCUGGGCUCUGAUGACUUGAGGGGGCGCGUCUUUGUGACAUCUGGCCUGGGGGGCAUGAGUGGAGCUCAGGCAAAAGCUGCCGUCAUUGCCGGUUGUAUUGGCGUGAUAGCCGAGGUGGAUGAAGCUCCUCUUAGAAAGAGACAUGAGCAGGGCUGGCUGAUGGAGGUCACCAGCAGCAUGGAGCACUGCAUUAAACGCAUCAGAGAGGCCAAGACCUACAAGACUCCCCUCAGUAUGGGUUACCAUGGCAACAUUGUAGACUUGUGGGAGAGGCUGCUGUUGGAGUAUGAGAGGACAGGGGAGCUCCUGGUUGAUUUGGGUUCAGACCAGACCUCCCUUCACAACCCAUAUAACGGAGGCUACUACCCAGUCCAGCUCAGCUUCCGCAAGGCGAAUCAGCUCAUGUCGACUGAUCCUAAAGGUUUCCAAACCACGGUCCAAGAAAGUCUCCGAAGACAUGUUGAGGCCAUCAACAAGCUGUCUGAUGCUGGUAUGUUCUUCUGGGACUAUGGCAAUGCAUUUCUCCUGGAGGCCCAGAGAGCUGGAGCAAAGGUAGAAAAGGUUGGCGGUGGAGCAACAGAAUUUCGUUACCCUUCUUAUGUUCAGCACAUUAUGGGGGACAUUUUCUCUUUGGGUUUUGGCCCAUUUCGCUGGGUGUGCACAUCUGGCGACCCCAAAGAUCUUGCUGUAACGGACGAUAUCGCAGCUACUGUCCUGGAGGAAAUUAGUGCCAACGUGAGUGAUCGCAUCAGACAGCAGUACAACGAUAACAUCCGCUGGAUCAGAGAGGCUGGAAAACACAAGAUGGUUGUGGGUUCCCAAGCCAGAAUCCUCUACUCUGACCAGAAAGGAAGAGUCUGCAUUGCUUUGGCUAUCAACCAGGCCAUCGCUGACGGAAGAGUUUCAGCUCCUGUGGUUAUUAGCAGAGACCAUCAUGACGUCAGUGGCACAGACAGCCCGUUCAGAGAAACCUCUAAUGUGUAUGAUGGAUCUGCCUUCUGUGCAGACAUGGCGGUCCAGAACUUUGUCGGUGAUGCAUUCAGGGGCGCCACAUGGGUAGCCCUGCACAACGGUGGUGGUGUUGGCUGGGGCGAGGUAAUGAAUGGAGGGUUUGGUUUGCUAUUGGACGGCUCAGAGGAGACAGCAAAGCGUGCCAGACUGAUGCUCAACUGGGAUGUCUCCAAUGGGGUGGCUCGUCGCUGCUGGUCUGGAAACUCAAACGCCUAUGAGACCAUCCAGCACACCAUGGAGGAGAACAGGCAGUUGCGUGUCACCAUGCCUUUUCCUGUACAGGAUGAGCGUGUGCUGGACCGUGCCCUGAAGGCCUAGCCAGCAUUUAAACACAGGUUAACAAUGAGCUACAUACAGCCAGACAGCAAAGGAAACCUGAGUGGUGGUCACUCAGACCUUUUCCAGCUGUUGAAAUUAUACACUGCAGACGGUCAGUAAUGAAUCAGUGGCAAUAUUGUUACAUAAAUUGUUUGCCAUUACUACACAGAAUGCAAAGUAGGCUACAAUAUUGUGCUAGGCUGUUUUAAUAAUUGAAUCUGCAAGAAUAUAUUCUGUAUUGUUUUGUGCUGAAAAUUAAACUACA